CUCGGGAUCUCACGAUAUGGCGGACUCUACUUUUCAAUAUCAGGUUGCAGUUUUAAACAGCUAUUCAAUCAAAAUCAAUGGUGAAGUAGGCCUGUUCGAGGGUGACACACUCCUCGGCCCCAUCAGUCAGUUGGACUUCAACAAGCCAGUUGUCUGCCAAGUGUGACUUUGUAUCUAUGGUAUACAGGACGUUCUUCCAUAACAUCUGAGCGAUGACGUCAGACAUAAAGCCAGUGACGGGGCCGGUUUGCGGAGUCUGCUGCUGCACCAUCUGUGACCGCUACGUGAUGCGAGUCAUGGACAACCUGUACCACGAGCGCUGCCUCAUCUGCUGCGUCUGCGGAGUUAGGUUGGCCCACACUUGCUUCACCAGGGACGCCAAGCUUUACUGCCGGCUCGACUACGACAGGAUCUAUGUGAAGAAGUGCCUGGGAUGCUCAGAACGUAUAGGGCCGGACGAGCUGGUGAUGCGCGCCCUGGACUCGGUGUUCCACCUGCGCUGCUUCGUGUGUGUGGUGUGCGGAGUGCGUCUUCAGAAAGGGGACCAGUUCGUCAUCAAGCAAGGCCAGCUGUUUUGCCGCCCAGACUACGAAAAGGAGGUCGAGAUGUUGCAGGGAUACAGUCAAGUAGCGAUGGGCGAGUAUCCCUGCGACGAGCUGGUGGCCACGGCCCGCAGUCACGACGGCCGCAGGGGACCCAAGCGACCGCGCACCAUCCUGACCACGCAGCAGAGGAGAGCCUUCAAGGCCAGCUUCGAGGUCAGCCCCAAGCCUUGCCGUAAGGUUCGUGAAGGACUCGCUAAGGACACCGGCCUCAGCGUCAGAAUAGUGCAGGUUUGGUUUCAAAAUCAGCGGGCGAAGAUGAAGAAGAUCCAGAAGAAGCAGCGGUUGGACAACAAGAACAACAAAGACGGCGAUGACAAAGUCGACAAGAUGAAAAUGAAGGAAGAAGAUCAUAGUCCAAUGGGAGGAAUGACGUUCAUGAACGACAGCUGCAGCGACACGGAGUUGGGAAUGGGGGGUGGAGGAAGUGUAGGAGACAGUUAUCAUCAGAGAGACAGAGAGUGUCUUCUACCGAUCAAACGAGAAAUGGAACAAGAGGAUGUAGCGUUCUACAAGAGCAUGCUGGCUGGCCCUCCACGAGAAUUUCUCACAGCUGAUGGGGCAAUUCAUCCGGGAAAGCUGGAGCCAGGGUUCCUGGGGUUCCCUGCGAGCCAGCCUCCGGACUCACUGGGGUUCCUAGGUCACCAGUCAAACCUGCCCAUGAACCCCAUCGACCGGCUCUACUCGAUGCAGACUUCCUACUUCUGUGGCGAGGACUCCGGCAUCGAGCAAUGACAGGAGCUCCCAUAACAGCGUGUCUGUCGGCCCAUCCCUCUGCUGGCCUCCCAACUUCCAUCCCUGCCCCACUCACUCUCGCCCUUUCACCAACUGAACAACGACUAGUGCAACACCCAGUACUGUAACUUAGUUCAUCUCAGAUAAUCCGAUUAUGCAAAUUCACAUUUAAUCAUUUUACGCAAAGGACAUACAUAUAAUGAUAAUCAACAUUUUGGACCAUUACUUUAAAAAUAGAAUUUUCCAUAAAUGAUUAACGAAGUGUAAAAGCAAGCUCCAGAUUCUCAUAGUUGGUGAAUUUGAGUACAUUCAUAUAAUUCUUACAGAUAUACUAAGAUUCUUAUACAUUGGUCGAAAAUAAUUUUCAACUAGCCCGUUAUUACAAUAACAUUUUAAAGAACAUAUUUAAAUUUUUGGAGGAGCUCUUUGUGAAACUCCUCCCCACUGAAUCUAUAUUAAUUUGAAAUGUGGAUAGUAAGGACGAGAGGCACGUCGCCCCUCGCCUAUCAUCUUUGUACUAAAAUAAACAUUGCUCCAAUUAUCAGUUCUUUUUAAAAAAUCAUACUUUCUUACUUGUUUGAGUGUGCAUUUUGUUCGCUAAAGCAAUCCAAAUUUCAUUGUCUUGCUUUGUCUCUUCAACAAAUUUAAAUUUGCUUGAGAUACGCUUACUUCAUUUCUUUUCGGAAUCUAACUCCUCACGUGUCAUACCUUCGGUGAGAGUGUGCUGCUAACUUCAGGAUAUCUUUCAAAGGUAUAAUUUGAGUUAGUGGCCAAGCGUGAAAUAUACAAUUAAGGAAUUUGUUUAACUUAUUGUCCACUUUAAAAUUUGAAACUCUUCUUAAUAUAUUUUGGAUUUAUUAAACCUAGAGGAUCUUUGACUAUAAUAUGUAUUUGAAACUUACACAUAUUGCGUAAAAACAUUUAGAGGAAAAUAACUUAUCCAUUGAGAAAAGUAUUAUUCGUUUAAAAUUUGAGCUAAAAAAUUGUUUUGAGUAUUCCGUAAAAAUACAGAGAAGCAUGUAAAGAAUUGCAAACAAAUUAAUACCAACUCUAAAACACAUUCUGUUAUAUUAUUCGAACACAAUGAAAUAAUGCUGCAACGAUACAUUUAGUAUUCUACGGGUUAGAGGCAAGUUAAAAAUAGUAACCAAACAAUAUUUUUACGAUGUAAUACUGACUGUCCAUGAAUGGUGUGAGGUUGGCGAGUAAGGUCUGAUAGCGAGUAAGUUAUAGUGAUAUUUCUUCGUUGAUGUUGACUUUUGUAUAUCAGUGUUAGAGUAUAAUGCCUAGCGUCUCUAGUCCAUGUAAAUAAAAGCUGUUUA